UAUAAAUCAUGAUAAAAGAGGAAAAAUGAUAAAAAAAUUCUAUUUUAUGUACCCAUCCGUUCGUAAUUGAUAUGUUAAAUAUUUCCAAUUUUCUUAUUGCCAGGUGUAAGCGAUGACAUUUUCUUUUACGAAGAGCAUCGCCGACAGAUAGGGGUCUUUGAAAUCAAAGCGCGAUAGAUUGUUGCCAAAUAUAGUAUUCUCCUCUUUUCUCCUUUUUUUCAUUUUCUUUUCCAUACAUCAAGCAAAAAGCAAAUUCUUUUCUAACCGCUGAAUGAAUUGAUCAAAAAAUCAUUAAUUAUAUGCAGGUUUUCCCCCAUAUUUAUUUUUUCCUCUAUGUACAUAGUCGUCCAACUACUUAAUUUAUUAAAUUGUAAUAACGCACAAUUUUUUUUAUUAAAUCCUUCAAAACACGAAAACCAUAAAAGUUAUUAGCUUAAUUGAGUACAUUCUCUAUACUUUGUAUUUUUUUCCCUUUAACUGUCCUUCUCUUUAAGCAGAACCAUGUUAAGGAAUUAACACUUAUUUAGGGGUUUGGCUUGGUUGAGUUUUUCCUUUCAAUCCUUUUCUGCACCUGCAAUCGAUCAAUAUAAACAUUGUUUAUUACAUAAGAGGCAACUAAGGACUGUACACCACACAAAAAUGGCCAACAUUUUAUUUAUAGUUGAGAAUGACUGCGAUUAAAUUGUAAAACUAGGACUUCGAUAAAAAUAUUCUUCUUUUUACAGUUGUCCUAUUUUAUAAAUAUUUAUUUAUUGCAUAUUUAAUUUCUUUCAAAAUCAAGUAAUUAUGUCAAAAAAUCCGAUAAAUGUCCGCGUUAUUACUAUGGAUGCGGAACUUGAAUUUUCCAUUCAAUCUUCAACAUCUGGAAAACAGUUAUUUGAUCAGGUUGUGAAAACAAUAAAUCUUCGCGAGAUUUGGUAUUUUGGUCUUCAAUAUACGGAUAACAAGGGAUUCUCUACUUGGCUCAAACUUAACAAAAAAGUGCUCAAGCAGGAUGUGAAGAAGGAACCAAUUUUGCAAUUCAAGUUCCGUGCCAAGUUUUAUCCAGAAGAUGUUGCUGAGGAAAUUAUUCAGGAUGUUACUUUGCGUCUUUUCUAUUUGCAAGUUAAAGAUUUAAUUCUUUCUGAUGAAGUUUAUUGUCCGCCAGACCAGGCUGUUCUUCUUGCCUCGUAUGCUAUGCAAGCGAAAUAUGGCGAUUAUCUUAAAGAUAAGCAUUUGCCUGGAACUUUGGCAAAUGAUCGUUUACUUCCUCAACGUGUGCUUAAUCAAUUUAAAAUGAAUAUAAAUGAAUGGGAGCAUCGUGUAAUGAAUUGGUGGCAGGACCAUCGAGGAAUGAACAGAGAAACUGCAAUGAUCGAGUAUCUUAAAAUUGCUCAAGAUUUGGAUAUGUAUGGAGUUAAUUAUUUUGAAAUUCGAAACAAAAAAGACACUGAAUUGUAUCUUGGAGUUGAUUCUCUUGGACUCAAUAUUUAUGACAAGGCGGAUAAAUUAAGUCCAAAAGUGGGCUUUCCAUGGUCUGAAAUUCGAAAUAUUUCUUUUAAUGAUAAAAAGUUUGUGAUUAAACCAGUGGAUAAGAAAUCACAGGACUUUGUUUUUUAUGCUCCUCGUUUACGAAUCAACAAAAGAAUUUUGCUUUAUAUGCGACGUCGAAAACCUGAUUCUAUUGAAGUUCAGCAAAUGAAGCAACAAGCAAAAGAAGAACGAAUUCAACGACAAAUGGAACAAGAAAGGCUUCAAAAAGAAAUGAAGGCUCGUGAAGCUGCUGAACAGAAACAGCUUGAGUAUAAAGCGAAAAUGUUGAGUAUGCAAGAUGAGAUGGAGCAGACACAUAAAGAAUUGGAAGCAGCUCAGGAUCGUAUUCGUCGUUUGGAGGAUGAACUUUAUGAAUUAAAUCAGGCAAAACGUCUUUUGGAACAAAAGGAAGAAGAAUUGCAUGAACUUAACAGACAAAUGCAAUCUGAACGAGCGAUGAGUACUGAGGAACGUAAUCGUCUUCUUAGAGAAAUUGCUGCACAAGAGAAUCAGGUUACGGCAAUGCGCUCGGAAGUCCAAAUUAAAACUGAUAAGAUGAAUAAACUCAAAGAAGAAGUUGAAAAAGGUCAAAAUAAGAAAUUUGUUCCAAAUACUGCGGUUACUCAUGUCCACACAGGAAUUUAUGACAAUAAUGCGAAUGGAGGAAAUGGACAUUUGCCUAGAGAGUUUAACGAUCCGGGGGAUUUGACUAAUGCACACGUUGAGUUGACAUAUGAAGUGGAGGAGAAUAAUUAUCCUCAAAGAGAGUUGGAUCGGCAAAAUGUUACUGAUCAGAAUCAGUCAUUGAAGAAAAAGCUUGAGAUGCUUACAAAGGAGCUGGAUAAUGCUAGGAACCAGCAGGCAAUUACUGAUUUUGACAUUCUUCACAUGGAGAAUAGGCGGCAAGGACGGGACAGAUACAAAACUCUGCGUCAGAUCCGCUGUGGUAACACAAAGAGGCGCAUUGACCAAUAUGAAAAUAUGUGA